CGGGGCUCCGCACGGCUGCGAGCGGCAACAGCGACGAGGGGACGCGGCACGCCCGCGUGGGGGCGCCGACCCUCGGGGACCCCGAGGGCGGCCGGAGCCCGGCGCUCUCCUCCAGGAAGCCGCGGGUCGGCGCUGGCCCCCCAAGGGCGCCCGGAUCUCAGGCGACUGCCUGAACAGAAACUGCCCUGCCAUUGAUUCGGCCCCGUUGGGCGAGCGGCGGGGUGCGUGUGUCCCGAGCGCGUGCGGAAGUCAGGAGGGCAGGAAGUCGGUCUUCUGCAGCGAGGGUGGCGGCGCCGCGCUGGGGACAGAGCCUUCCUUAUUUAUGUGUCUGCCGGCAUUAGCCUCCUUCACCCGAAGACUUCAGCGAGCGUCUCCGAGCCGCGUUCCCAGCGUGUGAAGCACGUAUGUCUGAACACCAUGAUUCUCCAUUAACAUCCAAACUUUUCUUUUUUUAACCCAAAGAAUAUCGGUGAUUUUUGUCCACUGCUAGCAGAAGACAGAACCCAGGGCCUUUGAAAUGCAGCAAAAUCCUUAUUUAUAAACAGGCCCCCGCGUAGUGACAUGCAAAGGCCCCCUACAAAGUGAAUUUUCUAUCCUAUGGAUAUCGGUCUUGAGAUUUGAGAUCGGAGAGCAGCACUGUCUGCCCUGGGUCCCGCAGCCUCCAUCCUUUCAAUGCCCGAUUUUCUCUGGGACUGCUGGCCUUCCCUGGAGAUCAUAGCGGUACUGUGUGCCAUGGGCUGUAUCCAGAGCAUCGGGGGCAAAGCCAGAGUCUUCCGGGAAGGUAUCACGGUGAUUGAUGUGAAAGCCUCUAUCGACCCCAUCCCCACCAGCAUCGAUGAGUCCUCCAGCGUGGUGCUCCGCUACAGGACACCCCACUUCCGUGCCUCGGCCCAGGUGGUCAUGCCGCCCAUCCCGAAGAAGGAGACCUGGAUAGUGGGCUGGAUCCAGGCGUGCAGCCACAUGGAGUUCUACAACCAGUACGGGGAGCAGGGCAUGUCCAGCUGGGAGCUCCCGGACCUCCAGGAGGGCAAGAUCGAGGCCAUCAGUGACUCGGACGGCGUGAACUACCCCUGGUACGGCAACACCACAGAGACGUGCACCAUCGUGGGUCCCACCAAGAGAGACUCCAAGUUCAUCAUCAGUAUGAACGACAACUUCUACCCCAGCGUCACAUGGGCCGUGCCCGUCAGCGAGAGCAAUGUGGCCAAGCUGACCAACAUCUACCGGGACCAGAGCUUCACCACGUGGCUGGUGGCCACCAACACCUCGACCAACGACAUGAUCAUUCUGCAGACGCUGCACUGGCGCAUGCAGCUCAGCAUCGAGGUGAACCCCAACCGGCCACUGGGCCAGCGCGCCCGGCUGCGGGAGCCCAUCGCCCAGGACCAGCCCAAAAUCCUGAGCAAGAACGAGCCCAUCCCGCCCAGCGCCCUGGUCAAGCCCAACGCCAACGACGCGCAGGUCCUCAUGUGGCGGCCCACGCACGGGCCGCCGCUCGUGGUCAUCCCACCCAAGCGCCGCUAGCGGCCGGGGCGCCCGCGAGGUCGGACUCGAGGAUGGACUCCGCUCCCACGAACCCCACGCGGACGCUAGCCGUUCGCAAAAUACAACCUUUCUACCUUCUCCGCGGGGCCCUCACUGUGCGAUGCCCCCGCAGGGCCGCCCCCCCGGGCCCUCUCGGAACCUGCUGCCCCCGGGGCGGAGGGUGGGGGAGACCCAGCGAGACAGACCAGCCCCUGUGCGCCCUCCAUUGUCACCGUGGGUCCCCUUUCCUCACAGUUUCAGUCACUCGCAGCAGACCCCCUGACACACUGCUUUUCCAGUCCGUCUGUCUGUCUUUCUUUUUUUUUUUUAUUUAAACACCUCUUUACGAGGUUCAGGGGCGGGAGGAGGAGCUGAUAUGGGACUGACCCGCGUCCUUGCCGACUCGCGAGAGCCGGGCCACCCGUGGCAGCUCCCCCUUGUCCUCCGUCACGCGGCCUUAUGUAGACUUGCUUUGCCAAACUUUUGCCUUAAGCUAAAUUUAAAGGAAAAAAAAAAAAAACCAACCCGAAACAGACAAAGAAAGCAGGAUCUCUUUUCUACUGGACUUUUCACCUCCC